AUGAAAAAAAACGAUGAGAGGACAAGUUUUGUAAAGUUUUCGGAGCACAAAUUCAUCAAUAAAAGAGACUUCUCAAAGAUGAUUUUUCUCCGAGGCGCCUCGAUUUUCUUCUCAUUUUUCUUCUUUUCAAAUGCGGCUCCGUCAAAUUUAAAAAGAGAAAUCGAAAUGAAAACAAAAGCAAAAGAUGAGCUGUUGGGAAAUGGAGGGAAAGAGCAAUUACAACGGAGAACAAAUCCAUUUGCUAUGUGCAGCGAUGCCGAUCUGGCAAGUCAAACGGGUCCUUUCCGUUGGGAAUCGAAAUGUUUGACGGGAUUUCUAGAGUUCGGAGAUGAAAGUCGGAAACAACUGAGAAUUCAUUGGAGUCUCACGAAGAACUACUCGACUCAGCUGAAUGUGAAAGGAAUGGGAAUGCAGUUAAGCGAUUUGGUGAAAUUCCGCGGAGAUUAUCUCUCGCCUGAUGACAAAACGGGACUCGUUUACAAAUUGAAAGCCGAUUCAGCCGUUCCCUGGGUUUAUUUGGCCGACGGUGACGGGAACAAUGAGAGACAGUUUAAAACCGAGUGGUUAACGGUGAAAGACGGAAAUGUUUAUGCGGGAUCGAUAGGAACCGAAUUUCUUGGAGAUCAAGGAGAAAUCGAGAACCUCAACCAAAUGUUUGUAAAGAAAAUCACUCCCUAUGGAAACGUGAUCCACAUGAAUUGGACCGAAAAAUACGUGGCGUUGCGUGAGAAAAUUGGGAUUCAUCCCCUCGGCUAUGUCACCCACGAAGCGGUUCGCUGGAGUGAAAUUCACAAAAAGUGGUUCUUCUUGCCGCGACAAAUCGCCAAAACGCUAGGUCCACCAUAUCGACGUGACAAUAAACAAGGUGCUAAUCUAAUGAUGAUCACUUCGGAUUGUUUCUGUGACAUCGAAACGAUCAAUGUUGGGAAACCACAAGCUACUCAUGGGUUCUCAGCGUUCGACUUUGUGCCAGACACUGGAGACACACUGAUCAUGGCCAUCAAAACCGAGGAAAUUCUCAGUGCACUCAGAUCGUAUGUGAUGGUUUUCGACAUAACCGGCAAAAUUCUGAUCGACGAGACGGAGAUCCCGAUGGAGAACCAAAAAUUCGAGGGUCUCUCAUUCCUCUACGCAAAUGAUAAAUUUUUGACGUCCGAGAGAAAGCUAUUGGCCGUUGAUGAACCACGAAAGAACGAAUCUUUUGAGAACAACUCACUGACAACUUUCAGC